GCUACACCCUGAACGCCUCAUCUUCCUCAUGUGCUUCCUCUUUCACUUUUAUCCACUAACACUCAAAUGAAAAAAAAAAAAAGAAGCUGCAGCUCGUUUCUGGGUCACAAUUAGAUUCUUAUUCAGAUUCAUCCAAACAACGCGGACAGCCGGGGCGUCGAGGGUCGUGAGAGAUGCAGUGAGGAAGAGCUGAAACCCCUCAGGUCGGAAGUUGACACUCACCAGAAAGAGGAGGAUGCAGUCCGGCGCUCAGGAGCAGCCGCUGGCGCUCACCUCGGUCAGGCCGUUCAAUUCCACCAAUGGGAAGGAAGAGGAGGUGAAUACAGAUGCUGAGUCCGUGGAGGAAGAGGCCGAGUUUAACUGGGAGGAGUUCAUGGAGGAGACGGGGGCCAACGCCGCCCCACACACCACCUUCAAACAUGUGGAGAUCAGCCUGCAGAGCAGCUUCCAGCCCGGCAUGAAGCUGGAAGUGGCCAAUAAGAGCAGCCCGGACACGUACUGGGUGGCCACCAUCAUCACCACAUGUGGCCAGCUGCUGCUGCUGCGCUUCAGUGGCUACGGAGACGACCGCAAGGCCGACUUCUGGUGUGAUGUCAUGACGGCCGAGCUGCACCCGGUGGGCUGGUGCGCCCUGAACAACAAGACCCUCAUGCCCCCGGAAGAUAACAUUUACCUAAGAAAAGCCAUCAAGGAGAAAUACAGCAACUGGACGGAGUUCCUGGUUCAGGACCUGACGGGAUCCAGGACGGCGCCGGCCAACCUGCUGGAGGGGCCUCUGAGAGGGAAGAACACGGUGGACCUGAUCGUCGAAGGCUCCGUCUUGGAGCUUCAGGACGUCUGGGAUCCGUUCCUGUUCUGGCCCGUCACAGUCGUCCAGAACGUCGGAGGGAGACUUCGCCUGCGCUGUGCCGGCCUCUCUGAAGACCACCAGGCUCAGGACUCAUGGUUGUUCUACCUGGACGUCAGACUCCGGCCCCUCGGCUGGGCCCUGGAGAACCAGCUGGCCUUAGAACCCCCCACAGAGCUCAGGUCUCUGAAGAGCGCCCCCGACUGGCAGCAGGCUCUGGAGGAGGCGCGACUCCACGGACGGAAGAACCCGCUGCCGCUCGAGGUGUUCAAGGACCACGUGGACCUGCCCGAGCUUUCCUUCCGGACGGGGAUGAAGCUGGAGAUGGUGUCGCCGUGGGAACAGCUCAGGAUCUGCCCCGUUUCCGUCACCAAGGUCUACGAUAAGAUCUACUUCCAGGUCACGCUGGACGACCUCUCUGUCGACGCCAAGCCUCGGUCCGUGGUGUGUCACGCCAACUCGCCCGGAAUCCUGCCCGUCCAGUGGUGUCUGAAGAACGGCGUGGGUCUGGAGAGGCCCCCCGGCUACGAGGGCCAGGACUUCGACUGGGCCGACUACCUGAAGCAGAGCGGGACCGAGGCGGCGCCCGACGCCUGCUUCCCCGAUACAUGGCAGAGCAGAGGCUUUGCCAAGGACAUGUGGCUGGAGGCGGUCAACCCUCAGCGGCCGGUGGAGGUGUGUGUGGCUCAGAUCACACAGGUCAGAGGACGCCUGCUGUGGCUCCGACUGGAAG